AUGAACAUUGGCGCCAGUAGCUCGUCAAACCGCCGACGAGUGUCUCGGCCACCUUCAGCUAGGAUGGACGCUCGGUAUAGUGACCGAAAUGCGCCAUUAGCAGUCGCUGUGGCCGUUCCUUCACACCAGAGUCCGUUUGAGAAGCUCAAUACGUUGAAAUUGCUCCUUGAUUGCGGCCAUUUGACCGCUGACGAAUAUCAAGAGCGCAAGACACAAAUUAUAAACGAAAUGACGGGCACAUCAACUGAGUGGAAGAAAACUUCGCCACGAUCUAGAAGAUCAGGAUCAAAUGAGAAUUCAGCACUUCAGCCACUUCUGAAGACUGUGGUGCCACAUGGCCCUCCAGAUUUUUCGAGGAUCAGAAAAGAACGUGCAGAUAAAUUAAGUUUUGAUGUGGACACACUGGAGUGGCAUUCGACGCCAGUUAGAAUAAAAUUGGAUUUGGUGCCAUUUGCCACAGGACAACUUAGAAGUGCGUACUAUUUACAGGAAGUUGGUGCAGAUGAAAGUCCGUCACGAUUACUCGUAGCCAAAGUCAGUAUACGUCCAGCUGAGCCUAGCACUUAUCUCAGUGACGUAGAAAUGCAAGCAGUUUGUGCACAUUAUGCCGCACUGUACAAUGAGCAUGAGCCUCCAUUAAAAGUGUGUUAUGCUAGAUCAUGGUUGCUUAAGCUGAGGGAUCGAGAGAGUGGAACGCUCGUAUGUUCAGUAGAAGAAUUUCUACCUGGGGCGUAUGUAAAAUAUAGCAAUAACAGUGGAUAUGUGGGUCGGGAGACGAGCACGACUGAAGAACGAGAACGUAAUACACCUCAAGCCUUUUCACACUUUACGUUUGUGGCAUCAGAUUUCCGAUUAAUGAUAGUCGAUAUACAAGGAGUUGCUGAUAGUUAUACUGAUCCUCAGAUUCAUUCCGCUGAUGGACGAGGUUUUGGGGUUGGAAAUCUCGGGACGUUUGGAAUGGAGAAGUUUCUCGAAAGUCAUCGAUGCAAUGAAGUGUGUCGAUGGUUGGGACUUCGAAGUAUCAAUGAACAAUACAAACCUGGUGGUACCGCGGCACCCCGGUAUGAGAUGCCAUUUGGCGGAGCCAUCAAAAAGUCUACAAAUCGGAUUACAGAGGAACGCAAUACUUUCUCGACAUCGGUCACUCAAUCGGACUCGACAUCUUAUGCAACAGACUCAUCGCCUGCUAUGGCAGGGAUCCACUUACGAUAUCCAAAGUCGAUUCAACAAAAGCGAAUGCCAUCUUCUGCACCACGAUUAAGAUCAAAGGACCGUGAAUCUAGUCGGCGAUUUCGUCUUACUGCAAAUAUUGGUCAAGGUGGGCUUGUUUCUGGAAAAUUUGAGGCGGAAAGUGGAGGGGUAUGGAUAGGCUUGCUUCGAAGAUUGUGCUGUGGAUGUGCCUAA